CUACAGCCCUUCAGAAGGCAACAGAAUUUUCGACUUCGUUUUUGGGUUCUCGCUUUGGUUUGCCUUUCCUUCGGCCGUCUUUGUCCUUUUCCAGCGUUUCUUUUGGGUUUUCUUGGGUUUUCCCUCGCUGCCUCCCUCCCUCACACCAGUGCUGCCGCCGACAGUCACGAUGCGCGUGUGUCCCCUCGUCGCCGUCACGCUGCUGCUCGCCGCCUCAGGUGCGUCGCUCACACCACGACGAAGGCAGGGCACCACCGCACGGGCCAUCACUCUCUGUCUGCCUCUGUGUGUCUGCUGUGCCGUUCUCCGCCUGUGUGCUGUGUCUCCCCCGUCUCUGUGUGUCAGUGUCUGUGGCGGUGUGUGAGGCCCAGCAGCAGCAGCAGCAGCCGUCGCCCUCCCUCGUGCGGUCUCUGGCUGAGGACGACGCUGUGAGCGUCAAGGGCAAGAAGCCGGCAGCUGAGGACAAGGAGGACAAGGAUGUGCCUGAGUGGAAUGGGAACGACAAGUGGGGAAUCCACGAGGACCUGAACCAUGACAUCCAGGACUACAACCACAUGCUGGAGCACGCUUACAAGUUCCAGAACGUGAUGUACUACUACAAGCGCAAUGACGUCGGGUGAGCACCGCCCUCACGCACGCGCCUCAACACAGUGCACCAUUGGUCGUGUGUGCUGUCUGUCUGUCUGGUUGUUAGGCUGAAAGGAUUCGCUUAUCUCGCUGGCUCCAAGUUUUCCGGGCUUGUGAAGAAGGUCGAUAAGAUCAUCAAGUACUUGCAGAGGUACGUGGUGUCUGUGUGUCUGCCACCAUCUUGGCCGUCUCCCUCUCUCCCUGCCUGUGUGUGGUGGCAGCCGUGGUCAUUACUAUGAGCCUCAAGACAUCAAGAAGCUCUACUACAAUGACGAUUCUUACAAGGUCCCCAAACGUACUCGGAUGGCUGUGUGCUUCAAGUGACCUCUCUCUCUCUCUCUCUCUCUCUCUCUCAGCCCAUCGAAAAUCUCAAGCACAUAAGACACUCAUACGUUGAGCUCUACGAGGCGACAAAGAAGGUGAGAGAGAGAGAGAGAGGGGCAGACGCACUGACACACUUGGUGGUGGGAUGGAUGUG